AUGCUUGACGACAGCCUCCCCACGUUUCGCUUCCAACCUUCGUCCGACAACCCUUUGCACACGCUCUUGUACUUUACUCAUAACGGCUCCGAGCCCACUGCAGAGUAUCUUUUGAAGCGUCCUUCCGUAGGCCAAUCCAAGAACCAGUACGCGCUUGGCCUCGUCGACGUCCACUAUGCCUCUGUCAUCUACGGCGAGGUGCUGAUCCAACCGCAGUGGACGCAACCGUCGCUGUCAGCGGCUGAGUUGCGCGCCCAGGGAGGUGUGUCCACGGUAGUGCCCAUGACGCCUGACGUGCUGCCAGUGUCGCUGUACAAUCCCGACCAGACCAUCCCGCUCAAACUACAGAGGAGCAGUUUCAAAUCAGACUCGUGGGAAUUUGAGAUACCCGAGCAGACAUUCAAGCCCCCCAGCACCUCACAGAUUGACCAGGAAAGCUCGUCAGCGGGGAUUACCGAACUCACCCCGAAAGUGCUAUUUCGAUGGAAAAGGGACUCGAGGCUUAGCAAGGAUAUGACGUGCUAUAUGACAGGCCGUAGCUUCGGCGGCAAGAAGAGCAAAGAACCGGAUAUUACAGUCGCCAUGUACCACGCAUCAAAACACGAGAGUACAGUUGUUAUAUAUGAGCCCAACAUGGCGCGAGUCGAGGUUGAGGAUCGGAAGGGUCUGGAGGUCGUUUUGCUGCUCAGCGCCGAGGUCAUUCGGGACUUGUAUUUGAUGCCCAAGAACAACCCGUUCAACACAUCCGGUGCCCCUGUACCCGUUGGGUCAGCACAAACACAAGCUAUCCCCACAUCACCGCCCCGGCCGUCGCUCGGAGGCGGCGGCCGUCCACCGGCGCAAACGGCAUACGCAUCGGGAGCUCUUGGCGGAGGCCCACCACUAAACUCUGCACCACGUCCAGGAAUCUCGUCGCCGCCGGGUCGUGAUUCUAAGCAGCAGGCAGCGAUUGACGCGGAGACAAAACGGCUGCAAGCCAUGGUGGCUGAGGAGGAACAGAAGUCCCGCGACCGCGAACGCCGCGACCAGGAGGAGCAGCGACGUAUCCAGGCCAUGCUGGAGCGUGAGGAAGAGGACCGGCAGCGGCGCAAGCAGGCCGAGAUUGAGGAGGAGACGGAGCGUCUGCGACGGCAAUACGGCCUACCGGCCGACACACCAUCGCUGCCGCCGAGGCCGGGCACGCAGGGCGGCUCACAAUGGUUUGGCGGCGCUUCAGGACAAGCAAUGCCUCCGCGGCCAAGCAGUACCGGACCGUCAGGGAGCAGCUAUACGUUGCCCCCGCAGCAGGCGCAGCAGCAGCAUGGCCGAGCGUACAAAUUUGGCAACGCGCUGGGGUCGUUCUUGCACGGGAAAGAUGACAAGGAGCAGAAGGUGAACAAGAAGCGUAGCGUACAUUUCUAG